AUGGCUCCUCGCGGGAAACCUGACGGCAACGCCGGCGGCGGUAAUGGCGGCUCCGAGACUCGCUAUCGCGGGGUAAGGAAGCGGCCAUGGGGACGUUACGCAGCUGAGAUCAGGGAUCCCGGUAAGAAGAGCCGUGUGUGGUUAGGUACGUUUGAUACUGCAGAGGAGGCGGCGCGUGCUUACGAUUCCGCCGCUCGUGAGUUUCGGGGUGAUAAGGCGAAGACGAACUUUCCUACAUCGACCGAAUUGUCUCUGCCGACCGCCGCCGCUGGCGGCGGCGCCGGUGGGAAGAAGGUUGUGACGAAAAGCCCUAGCGGUGAGAGCAGCACCGUUGAGUCGUCUAACUCAGCGGUUCCGAUCGCUGCUGCUGCUGCUGUUGCUGCUGCCGCCGCUCCUCUUCCACCUUCGGCACUCGAUCUCAGCCUCUCGCACUUCCCGGUUGGUUUUCCGAUGGCUCAUUCGUUGUUCCUCUACCAUUCGCAGAUCAACAACAACAACAAUAACAACAACGGUAAACACAGCAACCGUCUGGAUAUGUUCAGAUUGGACGGAUCCGUCGUUCGUGCACCUCGUCUCACAAUCGGCGCCGCCGUCGUCAACGGCGCUCAAAGCGACUCCGACUCUUCAUCCGUCGUCAAUUUCAGUUAUCCUUCCGAUCGUCCACAGCCAGAAAAAACCUUCGCUCUCGAUCUCGAUCUAAAUUUUCCUCCACCGGAAGUUGCCUGAUGUAGUUUGUACCCCUCCGCCACCCCCGCCCCUUGGUUUCCCCCUUUUUUCCAUCACCAUAGCAGAUCAAACCUAAAAAUUAGAGAAGAAAACGAAAAUGUAUUAGGAUUUAAAGCAGCCUGAUAAUGUUUUGAUGCGCUGAUAAUGUUAAAUCUUCCUUCGUUUU